AUGCGUUUCACUUCAGCCCUCCUCGCGGCCACGCUGUCGGUCCUGGCUGCCGCUCACCCGGGCCAUUCUCUGGAACAAGAGCUCCAGGAGCGACGUGACUUCCUGUCCACCACCAGGGUCCGCGACCUCAGCCACUGCGCCGCCAAGCUCAAGGCGCGCGGCAUCGAGGGGCGCAACAUCGCCCGCCGUACCCAGCGCCUCGAGGCGGCAAGGGCCGAGCGCGGGCUCAAGAAGGAGGUCGGGCGGUCGCUGACCAGUGUCCUCGCUACCGACCACAACGAGACGGACCUGGGUUACACCACAGCCACCGACGAGGCGACACUCUUCGCCAGCAGCAACGCCAGCUGCGUCCUCACUCCUGAUGUCACCCAGGGCCCAUACUAUGUGGGCGGCGAGUACAUCCGCCAAAACGUCACCGAGACGCAGGCCGGAAUCGACAUGGUCGUUGACUACCAGGUCAUUGAUGUUGAUACCUGCGAGCCGGUGCCCGACGUCUACGUCGAGAUGUGGCACUGCAACGCCACCGGCGUCUACUCGGGCGUCAUCGCGUCCGGCAAUGGAGACUCCAGUGACAGCACCAACAUCGACCAGACCUUCCUGCGAGGCAUCCAGGAGACGGACUCAGAUGGCGUGGCCCAGUUCGACACCAUCUUCCCGGGACACUACACCGGGCGUGCCACUCAUAUCCACAUCCUCGUGCACACCAACGUCACCGUCUACCCUAACGGCACGCUCGGCAACGUUGUGUCGGCCAGCCAUGUCGGCCAAGGCUUCUUCGACCAGGACCUCAUAAUCGACGCGGAUACCAUCUCGCCCUACUCAGACAACACGCAGGAGCUCGUUGAGAAUUCUGACGACAGCAUCCUGGCCCAGGAGGCCGACACAGACGGUGUGGACCCCAUCUUUGAAUUCACCUACCUCGGCGAUAGUCUGGCAGAUGGUCUCUUCGCCUGGCUCUCGUUUGGUAUCAACACUACUGAGAGCUCGUCUGUCACUCCUGCCGCCUUCUACUAUGCGUCUGGUGGUGUAGCCAACUCUAACUCCGGCCCCGGUGGACCGUGA